CAGAUAUAAGGAGAGGUCUAUGGCACAACCCUGGAAGGAAGCGAGGAAGACGAAGAGCAGGGAGAUGGAUAACAAGCGCAGCGCCUUCCUGGGAUUAAUGAUGAUCCUCAUCUUCUGCGAGGAGCAGGCGAGAGCCAAACCGAUGAGCAGCCUGCAGAGUUUGUCCAGGUUACUGGAGGACAACUUUGACCGCUCCUAUGGGUCCGAUGAAGGUGACCAUGGGGAGUUGGUACCUACCGACCCACAGGACCAGCUGAACCCCGACAACCAGUGGAACAAAAACAGGGCUGACCAGAUGAAUGAGAUCACCCUGGAGCAGCUGCUCGGUGACCCGGCGGGCACCUCCAGAAGACUGCGGAGGAAGAAGGGCUUCAAUAGGGGGUGCUUCGGGGUGAAGCUGGACAGGAUCGGGUCACUCAGUGGUCUGGGCUGCUAAGGUAUCCAGGUUGACCACGUCUCUCUAUCUCACGUGCCUGCCAUCACUUCGCUCCACAACCAACGCCACCCACCUCCGUCGACUGCAGUUUACGUCCAUCGCGCUUCGCCAUCAUCAUCAUCAUCAUCCGGUCGCGGGUUGCCCCCUUCUCCAAGCCGUAUAGAAUGGGCCAUAUUUUGGAAGACCCGUACAUAGAAAUUUUAUUUUGGAAACACUGUUCUAUGUCGUAGGCUGUAAAUGUGACAAUAAAGUUAUUUCCAUG